AUGCUGUCUCUGCAGGAGGCGAUCGGGCUUGACAUGGACGCGAUGACGUCCGGGUUCGGGUUCACCCCGUGGGAGGCCGACACGUGCCCCACCCUGGAGGAGCUCAUGGCGGCGUCGUCCACUUCGUCCCCCAGCUCGUCCGGCGGGGCGGUCGCGGACCAGGCGGGGAUGGUUGAGGACGAGGAGGAGCGCCGGCGGCGGCAGCGGCGGAAGGUGUCGAACCGGCUGUCGGCGCAGCGUUCGCGGGCGCGCAAGCAGCAGCGCCUGGAGGAGCUCCGCGGGACGGUGGCUCGCUUCCGCGCCGAGAAGCGCGACCUGGCCGCCAAGCUGCACACGGUGGCGCGGCACGAGCUCGCCGUGCGCCGCCAGAACGCGCGGCUCCGCGCCGAGGCCGCGGUGCUCGCGCGCCGGCUCCGCGAGGCGCACCGCCUCCUCGCGCUGCAGCGGCUCAUGCAGCAGCUCCGGUCGCGUCGCCCGCAGCCGGGCGCUGGCAGCGGUCCGGGAGGAGCCGCCUUGCCGCCGGCGGCAGAGCUGGGGCUGGCUUCCCUCAUGACCUACUAG